GUGAAUUCGUGAAGUGGAAAUCGUGAAUUCAUGAAGUGGAAAUCGUGAAAUUGUGAAUUCGUGAAGUGGAAAUCAUGAAUUCAGGAAGCAGAAAUCGUGAAAUCGUGAAUUCAUGAAGUGGAAAUCGUGAAAUCAAGAAAUCGUGAAGUUUUUUUCGUGAAAUCGUGAAUUCGUGAAAUCGUGAAUUCAUGAAGUGGAAAUCGUGAAAUCGUGAAUUCAAGAAGUGGAAAUCGUGAAUUCAGGAAGCAGAAAUCGUGAAAUCGUGAAUUCAUGAAGUGGAAAUCGUGAAAUCAAGAAAUCGUGAAAUCAUGAAAUCGUGAAAUCAAGAAAUCGUGAAGUUUUUUCGUGAAAUCGUGAAUUCGUGAAAUCGUGAAUUCAUGAAGUGGAAAUCGUGAAAUCGUGAAUUCAUGAAGUGGAAAUCGUGAAAUCAGGAAGCAGAAAACGUGAAUUCGUGAAUUCAUGAAGUGGAAAUCGUGAAAUCAGGAAGCAGAAAUCAUGAAAUAAUGAAGUUGAAAUGUCACCACGGGUCUUUCUCUCGUCUGUGCUGAUUUACUGUUUCAACAAUUAAUUCAAUGUCAAUAAAAAUGAAAAAUGAAUGAUAUGAUGAAAAUUACAUGAAAAUAUAACCAAUUUUUACACAGGGCAGGCCAGAUGAAGAAAAUACCGAACGAAGAUCUGAAAUCUCACAUAGAACGUGUUCGAGACUUGAAAAUAAGAGAUGAUGAUGUAUACUUGGCAACGUAUCCAAAGUCAGGUACUCAUUGGGUCUGGGAAAUUAUUGUUAUGUUACGACGCGGAUCGGCAGAAUAUGAGCCAAGUCCAAAAGAAGCAGUAUUUCUAGAUUUCAAAGGCCCAGAUGUUAUAGACAAAGUGCCAUCUCCAAGAGUUUUGAAUUGUCACUGGCCUUGUAACCUGACACCAAGAGGAAUCUUUGAUAAAAACAUAAAAAUAGUACAUGUACAAAGAAACCCAAAAGACAUAAUUGUGUCCUUUUAUUACCAUCAUAAGAACCUAGGUGGACGGCCAUUUACAGAGAGUUUUCUGGAAUUCCUUCCUCUGACGUUAGGAACGUACGGAAUUUUUCAGUUUUAUCCUUGGUAUAAGUAUGUAAAGGAAUGGGAGCGAUUCACCAAAACUCACCCCGAACAAAUUCUCAACCUGUAUUUUGAGGACAUGAAAGAGGAUCCCGUCAGAGAAAUAAAGAAAAUAGACAAAUUUCUUGGCACUGGUCGCAGUGACGAACUUAUACAACAAAUAGCACAAGCCUGUCAUUUUGACAAUCUAAAGAAAGCAGACCUCGAAAUUAAAGAAAAGGAACAUAUGACUCAAGGCAGGAAACCCUCUAUCAUGUUCAGGAAAGGUGAAGUAGGCGACUGGAAGAACCAUUUCACAGUGGCACAAAAUGCAGAAAUAGAUGAAUGGCUACAGGAAAACCUUGCUGAAACUGAACUCAAGUUUCGAUAUACGAUCUAAAAUGAUGCAAAUAAAACAUUUUUUCUAACUCUU